UAACAACAGUUGAGAAGAUGAGGUUGAUCCAUAUUUUGCUGAGAUGACCGUGUGUCGCGUGAAAGACAACUCUGAUGACCGCACGUGAUGAGAUGAACGCCGUGCUGCAGUCACUGACUGGUCCAGCACUUAUUUAACAGGAAAAUGGAGAAGAUGUCACGGGUCACUACAGCCCUCAGCAUCAGCAGCGGCAUCAAUGGCAUCACUAUGUUUUGCCACUUGGAUGCACCUGCUAAUGCCAUCAGUGUGUGCCGUGACGCCACACAGGUGGUUGUGGCAGGCCGCAACAUCUUUAAAAUCUACAGCCUUGAGGAGGAGCAGUUUGUGGAGAAGCUCAAUCUUAGAGUUGGGCGAAAACCCUCCUUAAACUUCAGCUGUGCAGAUGUCAUGUGGCACCAAAUGGAGGAGAAUUUGCUGGCGACUGCAGCCACCAAUGGUGCAGUGGUUACCUGGAAUCUCGGCAAACCGUCCCGUAACAAGCAGGACCAAUUAUUUACUGAACACAAACGCACUGUAAACAAAGUCUGUUUCCACCCAACUGAAGUCUAUAUGCUGCUGAGCGGAUCGCAGGAUGGCUUUAUGAAGUGCUUUGACCUGCGCAAGAAGGAAUCUGUCAGCACUUUUUCUGGUCAGUCUGAAAGCGUGAGAGAUGUCCAGUUCAGUAUGAAAGAUUAUUUUACCUUUGCGGCAUCCUUUGAAAAUGGCAACGUCCAACUAUGGGACAUUAGACGACCUGACCGAUAUGAAAGGAUGUUCACUGCCCACACUGGUCCGGUGUUCUGCUGUGACUGGCAUCCUGAUGACAGGGGCUGGCUAGCAACUGGAGGUAGAGACAAGAUGGUGAAAGUAUGGGACAUGACCACCAACAGAGCUAAAGAGAUUUACUGCGUCCAAACAAUAGCUUCAGUCGCACGAGUAAAGUGGCGACCUGAGAAGAAGUUUCACUUGGCCACCUGCUCUAUGAUGGUGGAUCACAAUAUCUAUGUGUGGGAUAUUCGCAGACCGUUCAUUCCCUUUGCCACCUUUGAAGAGCACAAAGACGUUACCACUGGCAUUGUCUGGCGUCAUCAGCGUGAGCCGGAUAUUCUCCUCUCCGGGUCCAAAGACAGUACACUUUACCAGCACAUGUUCAAAGAUGCCACUCGUCCUGUGGACAAGGCCAACCCUGAGGGCCUUUGUUUUGGCCUGUUCGGUGACUUGGCUUUUGCCGCUAAGGAGAGUCUGAUUAGCAGUGACUCCAGCAGGAAGCCUUAUGCUGGAGGUGACCGGCGCAACCCCAUCUUCUUUUUCAAGAAGCCAGAUCUGACAGAACAAUUUGCACAUGUGUCCAGUGCCCUUAGUGUAUUUGAAACAGACUUGGAUAGUAAUCGCAUGGACUGGUUUGUUAAAACAGCACAGCUCUACCUCCUUAGUGGAAAACCCUUUGCUGAACUGUGUGAUCAUAAUGCAAAAGUGGCUCAGGAUCUCAAAAGGCCUCAGGUUUCCACCACCUGGUCAAUGUUGCGAAUUAUGUUCUCAGACCCAGCAAAUAUUACAUCUGGUUGCAGCAGUUUCAGUAUGAAGGAUCUGGCUGCGGAGAGGGCACUGGAGCGAAGCAAAGGUGAAAAUAGGCAGGACAGUAUCCACUUAGACCCUACCAACGCACACAUCACAAAUAAUAAUGAGGAGAAUGAAGAGACCGAAGGCAGCGAAGGCCAAGCCGAGUACAUGUUUGGUGAUGCUGAGUUAGAUGAUGAUGACCUCUAUUCCAUGGAGCAUGACAAUCAAGCAGAGCAGGAGGAGUAUACACUGCCCCCUGAAGGCUUUCAGCUGCGUCAUGAGAUCAUGGACCACCCAUCAGCUCCAGAGCACCUACAGCAGGACAAGGCCGACUCUCCACAUGUCAGUGGCAACGAGGCAGAAGUCACCUGUCUGACCCCCAUCGAGUCUUUCUCCCUCAUUUCCAUAUGUCAGCCGCUGUACAGCCCACAUCUGACCGCCAGCUUCUUCUGUCCAAUUGUGAGAGAGAUGCUGACAUUUUACGCCGAGCGCGGUGAUGUGCAGAUGGCUGUAUCAGUGCUCAUUGUUUUGGGAGAAAGAAUUAGGAAAGAGAUUGAUGAACUAACGCAGGAGCACUGGUACAUGUCCUACAUAGACCUGCUGCAGCGGUUUGAGCUGUGGAAUGUGUCCAAUGAGGUUAUCAAGUUAAGUACGUGCAGCGCCAUCACCAGCCUGAACCAGACUUCAACCACUUUGCACAUCAAUUGUAGUAACUGCAAACGGCCUAUGAGCAACAAGGGCUGGAUUUGUGACAGAUGUCACCAAUGUGCUAGUGUGUGCGCCGUCUGCCACCAUGUUGUGAAGGGACUAUUCGUUUGGUGUCAGGGCUGCAGUCACGGUGGACAUCUCGAGCACAUUAUGAACUGGCUCAAAGGCAGUGCCCAUUGCCCUGCUGGCUGUGGACACUUGUGUGAGUACACUUGAUGGUCACAGUCAUCACUGCCUAUGAAAGCUCCAUUGCCGUGGGGGAUCAAGAAGACAUGGAACUGUAUUUUAUAUGAAGCUCUAUAUAGCUGUGGACAGGAAAAGGAAGAGCUACAGUCUUCUCCUGGACCUGCGCCUGACUUCAGCACAGAAGUGUCUCCUAAUUUAUGCUUGUACAUAGUACUUAUGACCUAUUUGAAGAUAAUGUAGAUAAUGUUACUAUUAGGGGAAGUAAUACCUCAAAGCAAUGCAUAAUUUUGAACCGGCAAACAUGUUAUGAAUUAAAUUUUAGAUCUGUUUUCUCAAAACAGAUAUAUAAUAUUG